UGCAUCUUCCGCAAUCAAAAUGGCCGAUACAGGGAGCCAAGUUCCUGUAACUCCUACGGCUCCUGAGUUUGAUACUAGCGAAAACGCACCGUUACUCCAAGAAGAACAAAGAAAUGAACCUCCACCUGCCUUUAAUUCUGGAUACAACACGCAAGAUUCCCCUCCAAACUCACCACCGCCUGCAUACUCUGAGCAGCCUCCACCGUACACCCCACCAAUAGCCUAUACAGGAAGUGCUGAACCCUCAGUCAUAUGCAGAGUCUGUCAACAGAUUAUUUACAUACGUGGUCGUGAGCAGCAAAGAGUUGUCAAAUGUGCAAAUUGUCAAGAGGCAACACCAAUCAAACCACCUCCAUCUGGGAAAAAGUAUAUACGCUGUCCCUGUAAUGCUUUACUAACUUGCAAAGUAACAUCAACAAGAAUUUCUUGUCCAAGACCCAAUUGCAAGAGAAUAAUCAACCUUACUCCAAGAGGACCAGGAGGACCAUCUGCAGCAACAGUUCCAGGAAUCAGAGGAAGGUUUAGGGUGACAUGUGGACACUGCAAUGAAAUUUUUGUGUUUCACUCUACAAAUCACUUGGCAAGAUGUGCACACUGCAGACGUGUUUCCUCAGUUGGGCCUAGAUAUGCCAAGACUCGUGGAACAGUAUUUGCUGUAGUUGGACUUCUUCUGCUUGCUGCAGGAGCUGGUGUUACUAUUGGAACUUUUGAAUUGGCAAAGCAGUCUUCAGGAAUCUAUGUUGUUUGGAUUGGAGCUUUUAUUGCUGGAAUUCUAAAUCUUAUCAGAAGCUGCUACUACUGCACUAUGACUGUUAGUCACAUUGAAGGCGACGUGUAAAGCAUCAUUUAAUGCCAUGUUUUUAAUGCUUCAACUCAAAACUAUUACAGGAAAGAUUUUUAGGGUGGUUUUUAAAACCAGUGAAAAGUACACUUUUUAUUACUAUUUGUUUCACGUGUUUAUGAGAACCACUCUAUUGCAUGCUGAAUAUUCCAUGAUAAGACUAUAGAAUAUAUUUGUGACUAAGUUGGUGUUCAUCUAGUUUCCAGCAUGGAUGAGCAUCACUUAGUAAAACAACUAUUACUAAUUGUAAUUUAAUUGUACUGCUGUGACCAGAAGRUGCAUGUUCACUUUCUCUCUUUGCAUUUUUAAAAGAAAAUUAGAACUUGGUAAAUAACCUGCAUUCCACCACACUCCAAGUUUGGGCCAGAGAAAUCCAGAAGGGAAUGUCUGGGUGCAGCCUGAAUGAAUUUGAAAACACCUAAUUACAUACAYAUUAUCAACCAUCCAACCAUAUGUAUUGAAAGCAGAAUUUCAAUUUUCACUGUUGUUAUAAACAUGUGGAAUUGRUCCUCAAAUUCACUGCAAUACACGACUUUCCAUACUCAGGUUCAGUGACCAUGAACAAAGCAUUGAACCGAGGCGUCAAGAUACAGUGAGCAUAAAAGAAAAUAUCUGUGAUCAGUGUUCCUUGAUUCCUCCAUUCAAUGCUUUUCAAACAAUUUUCUUAGUUUUUAUAAUGACAAUGUAAAUUUACACUUAAAUGAAAAACAUGACAUGUAUCUCUAUGAAGAACAAUGUGAUUGGAUCACUGUAGUUCAGCAUUUCUCUCUAUGUGGCAAAAACAUUCUAACAUCUGUUUUGUUUAUCAAUAUUUCACUAGACCAAUAAGAAGCUCUUGUUUGUGAGUAAAAAGGUGUUUCUAAUUUUGUAAGGCAUCUGGUAAAGAGUUUAUCAUAUUCAGUAUGCAGCAACAAUAGAGACUCACUUUUAGACUGACCUUUAUGAUUGCUGCAUAUUUCAUAGAAUCAAAUAAUUGUCAUGGUAUCAGUCAUACAUUCUGCUCAGAUUUUAUACAAGUUUUCCUUAUCCUAGUGAUUUAAUGUCUAAAAAAGUAUUAAUAUAUUCUGCUUAUUGGUUAGCUAAAGUUUCAUUAGGAUGGGACCUCCAAUUUGUAUGUUUUUUUUUUCACAUAUAAAAGAUGAAAGAUCUCCAAAUUAUUCAUAAAAUCAUUCACAUUUAAAAUGGUAUCAUAGAAAAAGGUGACUACACUAGUCACUUGCUUGCACUAGUCCUGGAGUAUAAUGACUAAGCCUAUAUUGUAAGAAAUAGAAUUAUGUGAUUAAGUAUUAUGGGGUACCAGUGUCAAUCACAAACACCACUUUGGGGAAUGUUUGUUCUUUGAACAAGCAUGAGGAUGAUUAACCAUCAUUUAAGUACAAAGCUCAUUCAUUUAUUUUUGUACGUAUCAGCUAGUUUUGUUUCUCAAGUAUACAUUCCUGAAAUUGUUCUCCCAACCAUGGCUUUGUGAUUUGCACUAAGCCAAACCUGUAUAGGGAGUCAGAUUAAAUUGAUUGUUAGACUAUAGAAAUACUCUCCCAUUUCUGUAAUUGUACAUUAUGUAAUGUAUAUUGUUUUAUACACAGAAUCAAAUUUAUCCCAAUAUUAUAUAAUCAAUUGAACAAAUACAAUGUUAAUCAUAUGAAUCUAAAAUGCAAUGAAUAAAAAAUAAAUAAAACUGAAUCACUAGCA